AUGCAAAGACUCGUAUUACGCUUUUUGGGCCGUUUUUCUCGAAAAACUUUCAUUCGUAGUGCCUGGAAAAAUUUGAAUAGUUUAAGUGAACACGAUGAACUAGUUGACGCUCUGGAAGCUCUCAUAUCAAUGUCUCAUGAAGAAAACGAAUUCAUUGAACUUAUCACGGUUAUUGCUGAUGUUCUUUCGGAAGCGCCCAUGGCCUCAGCCUUCUUGUGCCAUAUUAUUGAUAGUGCGGCACUUCCUUCUAAAGAAACAUCACAUAAAAUAACGACAAGACUACUUCAAAAACUUAAACCAGGUAGAACUAAACCAAAGAAGCGUAUACGAGUUAAUGUCUCAAUCAUGUGGAGUGUUCUUGCUGAGAAAUUGGCAGGUGAAAUAAGCUUAUCACUAUUUACAGAUAGUGUAUGUAAUACAUUAUUGGAUUAUCUCCAAAAUGAUAAUGAUCCAAGAGUGCGAUUAUUUGCUCUGAUCGCACUAGAAAAAUUUGGCAUGACAGGGCAAAAUAAACAAAAGAUUCUUUCAGCUGAAAAAGAUAUUCAUAAAAUGUUACAAGUGCUAUUAAAAGAAUUAUAUUCAAACGAGAAUUCAACAUUUGACGUUUAUCGUAAAAGACAAUUAAAAUUUUGUGUAGAAUGGGCUUUAAAAAACACUUUUGAUUCUGGCAAGGGAAAUAUAUGGAAUUCCGAUGAUAGUUCGACCAAUCAUAACAUAAAUGUGAUGAUGAAUCCCCUGGAUGCCACUGCUCAUUGGAAACUAUCACCAAAUGGCUUGGAGAUAAGAAAUGAUAAUUUUGCAUUCGAAUCAAUUCGUGCUACGGCGGGAGUUACUUCUGGAAAAUGGUUUUAUGAAGUUCUAUUGCUCACCAAUGGUAUUAUGCAGAUUGGAUAUGCAACCAAACGCUGUACGUUCGGACCAGAAGAAGGUACAGGUAUCGGUGAUGAUCAUUACGGAUUUGCAUAUGAUGGAUGUAGAAAUAUCUUAUGGGCAAACGGUAUAUCCGUACCGUAUGGUGGCAGUUCGCCAUGGAAACCAGGAGAUAUUGUGGGUGUAUACAUGGACAUUAACCUCGGUUGUGUUCGUUUCUAUCUCAAUGGCAAAGAUUUAGGAAUGGUACAUCCCCUUAACAUUUCUCAAUUUCGAAAAUUGGCCGAAAAUGGACUGCAUCCUGCUUUGUCAUUUACUUCAUAUCAACAAGCUGUUGUCAAUUUUGGAGCCGAGAAAUUUCGAUAUCCACCAUCAUCAUUAUCUUACGAAAAGCUCAAUAAUCAUGUUCAACUAUCAGCAGAACUCCGUGAUUCAAUACAAAAGAGAGUUUGGAGAACUUCACGUUACCGAUCAAUGUCCAUAAGUUCUAGCUUGAAACAACUAUUUGAGGCGACCGAAGAUGACUUUGAUGCACAAUGUUCUAUUUGUUUUGCAAUGCCUCCUUGCAUUACCCUGGGGCCAUGUAAUCAUGAUGGAUUUUGUGUGGAAUGUGCCAAAAUGAUGAAUUUAUGUCCGCUCUGUAGGUGCCCAAUUUCAUCGAGAAGGCCUAUGAACAAUAAUAUUUUACCACCCUCCCCUACAAAAUUAUCCAUUUCAUCAUCAAUUCCAUCUACAGCUAUUGUUUUACCCCCAACACCACCCGAUUCUCGUUCAGAAUCUUCAAUCCCCUCUUUGGAUCCAGAUAUUUCACGUGGACUAGAGCCAUAA